AAGAUAUCUUUCCCGCCAGACUCCGUCCUUGCAGCCGUCGUACAAGAUGGCGACACACCCGAACUGCUGCGCAUACUCACUGAUACAAAAGACGAAGUGAACAUCGAAAUGACGAAUCACGUGGGAUUAACCGCUCUUCAUUAUGGAGUCCUUAGUAACAAUAUGGACGCUGUGAAAAUUUUACUCUGUCAGGGUGCCAAUGUGAAUUCUCAGGACGUACACGGAUUCACUCCGCUUCAUACGGCUGCGGCGUGCGGGUGGUUACAAAUUGUGAGUUUAUUGGUUGUGUUCGGUGCUGACGUAUUUCAAACAACUGGCCAAUCAGAAUUGCCUAUAGAUUUA